AUGUUUCGCCUCCAGAGCCCGUCCGCCGAGCGCGGGGGGCUCUUCCCUUCCCUGGCGCAGGAGGACGGCCCCCUCCGGCCCAUGGACGGCAACGGGAGCCUCAACGGGAGCGAGGUCGGCCCCCCAGGGGGCCCGCCCUACCCCCUGCACACCACCUCGGCCCUCAUCGUCCUGGCCACCCUGCUCAUGCUCGUCACCAUCUUCGGCAACGUCCUGGUCAUCAUCGCCGUCCUCACCAGCCGGGCCCUCAAGGCCCCCCAGAACCUUUUCCUGGUCUCCUUGGCCUCGGCCGACAUCUUGGUGGCCACCCUGGUCAUCCCCUUCUCUCUCGCCAACGAGGUGAUGGGCCAUUGGUACUUUGGCAAAGUGUGGUGCGAGAUCUACACCGCCUUGGACGUGCUCUUUUGCACCUCUUCCAUCGUGCAUCUCUGCGCCAUCAGCCUGGACCGUUACUGGUCCAUCACUCAGGCCAUCGAGUACAACCUCAAGCGCACCCCCCGCCGCAUCAAAAGCAUCAUCUUCCUUGUCUGGGUCAUCUCGGCCGUGAUCUCCUUCCCACCCCUCAUCUCCAUCAUGAAGCAGGGCGAGCCGGACAGUUCGGUCCAUCAAGAGACGGACUCAAAGCCAGAGAGCAAGAUGCCGACCUGCAGCAUCAACAGGGAGACCUGGUACAUCAUCUCUUCCAGCAUUGGUUCGUUUUUCGCUCCCUGCCUUAUCAUGAUCCUGGUUUAUGUCCGUAUCUACCAGAUUGCAAAGAGGAGGACUCGUGUGCCUCCCAGCAAGAGAGGGGAGAAUACAGAGAGCAAGCAGAACGGGCUGGCAGAUAAGGAAGAUGUUCCUGCGAUGACCAAACUUAAUGGGGAGAAGGGAGCCGUGGCGGGAGGAAGCCAGGAAAGGGAAGAAGUCAAUGGCAUUGAUAUGGAGGACACCUCUUCCUCAGACCACCAUGAGGACCAUCAGUCCCGGAAGCAGGAGAAGGCACAGAGAGGAAAGGGUAAAACCAAGCUAAGCCAGAUUAAGCCCGGGGACAGCUUGCCUACGAGAGUGGAGGAGGAGAGAAAUGCCAAGGCUUCCCGAUGGAGGGGCAGGCAGAACCGAGAGAAACGCUUCACCUUUGUGUUGGCAGUAGUGAUUGGGGUGUUUGUGGUUUGCUGGUUCCCUUUCUUCUUCACCUACACCUUGACUGCUGUUUGCAAGAGCUGCUAUGUGCCUGACACCCUCUUCAAAUUCUUCUUCUGGUUUGGUUAUUGCAACAGUUCCCUGAACCCUGUCAUCUACACGAUCUUCAACCAUGACUUCAGGAGGGCCUUCAAAAAGAUUCUCUGCAAAGUGGACCGGAAACGGAUUGUGUGAGAGCCUAAGUUAAUUUGCAAGGGUGUUCUCCCCUCCCCCUUCCAGAGUGGCUCUGCUCUGACUGGUUUUGGAUGGCGUCUUAGCCGAUUUCUGAGCUCAGACUCUUCAGAGACUUCAGGUGAGAUGAAGUGAUUAAAACAGUAGCACGC